CUGACGAGGAGACAGUUCCGGGUUCUUUCCAGCCGAGAGCUGCUCCGCUACUUCCACCGCCACCACUACUACUUCCUCCUCGGCGGGGACCAUGUCUCUCCUACUGGACAACCCGUUCCAGGAGCUGCCCCCGGACCGGGCGGUGGACACCGACCUGUUCCUGGAGACCGUGUCUCACAUCCCGUCGUUCUUCGACUGCUUGGGAUCAACAGUGUUUUCAGUCAUCAAAUCUGACAUUAAUGGCAACAUAACGAAAAUCCGAGCAGUGUACCUCAAGGAUCCUGCGAAGUACGUGACCCUGCAGGCCAUCGUGGAGGCAGAGCGAGACGCCCACGGAGCACAAUGGCCCAAGGUUGGAGCCACGCUGGCUCUGAUGUGGCUGAAGAGGGGUCUCCGUUUCAUACAGAUCCUGCUGCAGAGCUUGGCGGACGGCGAGAGAGACGAGAACAACCCCAACCUGAUACGGGUCAACAUCACAAAGGCCUACGAACAGGCGCUGAAGAAGUACCACGGCUGGAUCGUGCAAAAGAUUUUCAGGACCGCAUUACUCGCCGCUCCCUACAGAUCAAACUUCCUCAAGGCGCUGUCGAGGGGAGAGGAAGUGAAAGAGGAGGACUGUCUGGCAAACGUGCGUCAGUUCCUGGUGAAUUACACCGUCACCGUAGACGCCAUCUACGAGAUGUACACAAAUCUGAACGCAGAGCUGGACUACGCCGUUUGACGCCCCCCCCCCCCCGGGACGACAGGUGGACCGGAGACGCUGGGGCGCUCCCCGCCCUCCCAGGUGUCAGAUGAUUUUUUUUAACAGGAUUGUUUUAAUUGUUUUCGUUCAGUGUGGUAUUUAUUACUUUGAUUACACCUUGUUUCAUAUGAGUACUGUGAAAUUCUUACAUUUUAAAAACCAUGAUUCUAGCAGAAGGUUCCGUGUUUUUUUGUUUGUUUGUCCUUGUGUAUAAUGCAAGUAAUUGCAAGAUUGUUAUCGCGAAACCGCGCGGCUCCCCCUCUCAUGCGGGGUUGUUAUUGUGUGGGCUGUUGCUCCGUGUGACCUUCUUGCCUGGUGGCUUUCCGCCUGCUCCGGAGAAGAAUAUCAGUGUAAACACCGGGAAACAUUUCUCACAUUCAAAUGUUCACCGCGCCCUGGGGCAACGGGAGCAGCUGUACAGUUUGUACAGUAUAAACAAAACAUUUCCACUCCGUGUGUAACUGAUCUAAUAGAAUGUUUUAAGAAUCGUUCAGAAUUAAUUUAUAUAUCUCUCAGAGAGAGAGACUUUUUUUUUUUUUCGGAUAAUUUUGGCCUUUCAAAUUUGUGGUGUGUGUUUGUGCUUGAGCUGCUUGUUUUGUGUCUAUUGUUCUGUGGACUGUUUUAUUUAUGUCUCAAACUAACUUAACGUCUUUCACUCAAAUAUUAGGGCUAAAUACAGUUGUUUUCCUUUCAUUUCAGGAGACCACACGUCAUGUUAUUUUAUUAAUGAUUUAUCAAUUAUUGUUAUCAUACAAAUUUACUCUUCUGGAUAAUCCGAUUUGUUCUUAUCACAAGAUUGUAAUGUUUAACCAAUCGUUUUGUGUGUGGUAAAGUGGAAAAACCUAUAGUCAAAUCUUCUGACACGUUCAGUUCAAAGAUUUUGACUCUAGGUGGCGACAUUUGUCUGUU